AAUUUAGACUAGGCGGCAGAACGUGUUUCCGGUGCGUUUAGUAAAGUGGAGAAGAAGAAAAGCACCCUUCCAAAAUGGCAGCCAGCAGUAGCAGCACGGGAAACAAAUCUGGCAGCAGUGCCGGAGGAAAACAGUCUGGUCUCACUGCUGACCAGGUCGCAGCAACAUUUCAGCGGAUGCGUCAGGAACAGCGCAGCCUGGCCUCAACAGCAGCCAAUUUGGAGAUGGAGAUGAACGAGCACAGCUUAGUUAUUGACACCCUGAAGGAUGUGGAUCCCUCAAGAAAAUGUUUUCAUCUUGUUGGAGGUGUUUUGGUGGAGAUGACAGUAAAAGAAGUUCUGCCUGCAUUGGUUAACAACAAAGAACAGAUCACAAAAGGCAUUGAAUCGAUCAACACAAAAAUGCAAGAAAAAGGACAGGAACUGCGAGAGUACAGGGAACGUUACAACAUACGCUUCAUAGGAGAGGGUGAAGCGGAGACGCAAGGGCAGCCUGCCUCAUCAUCCAGUAACAAUGCAGGCGGUGGAUCCAAAAGUGGUGCUGGUGUUUUGGUGUCUUAGUUCCAACUUGCAGCGUUUUACAGUUGAGCCCUUUGAUUACUCCCCAAAUCAAAGUUUACAAAGUUGAUUUCUGCUCAACCUUUGGUGUGCAUUUAUUUUAUACUGGCACUUGUAUUUGUUCAGUUUUGUGCUGAGUAAGGUGGAUGAAAUGCCCAAAAGUGCAAGGUAGUCGUGUCAAGGUUUUGAGUUUCAUGGAAGUAAGUUUCACUCAACCAAAAGUUGAAUAAUGUAUUCGGUUUGUUUCCAGAAAAGAAGGCAUACGAUGAGGGAACAUUUGAAGAUUGACAAAUUGAGUGACUGUGACAAAAAUAAAUGUUUGUAGAAAAUGCUGUUUCACACAUCAAAUAUGACACUCAUCAGAGGUCCGCAAGAGGUUUUAUGAGAAUGUGACAUAAUUCUUCAAAAUAAUUGGCAUUUUGGGGGGAAAAAACUCUUUGGCUACUGAGUUCACUAUGCCGAACAUAAGAAUUAGACACCCACAAUGAGGAGAGCUGUCAUUACAACAUAGCUGGAAGGAAAAAUAAACUGUCAAGUUGAGCUAUGCCUGAGGAUCAUGCAAGGAUGCUUGUUUUUAUUGAUGAAUAAAAUAAGUCGUGGUUGCAUACUUG